AUGACUGACUCUAAGUCGACGAGGAGACGACGGUCUAGUAGCAUCCUUCAGAUAUAUCAGGAACCGCAGGAGCCAUUGGAGCAGCUGAGUGAUCAGUCCGCUCUCCCAAACCUCAAUGCGAACUGGGUCAAUGCUAAAGGAGCAUGGACCAUCCACAUUGUUCUGAUCGCUGCGCUGAAGAUUCUGUGGGAUGUAAUCCCCGGCGUCUCUCAGGAGACUUCCUGGACCCUGACAAACAUAUCUUACAUGUUCGGAUCUUACAUCAUGUUUCACUACGUUCGUGGCGUACCGUUCGACUUCAAUAGUGGUGCAUACGAUAAUCUGAAUAUGUGGGAGCAAAUCGACGACGGCGCACAAUACACACCGGCCAAGAAAUUCCUUCUCAGUGUUCCUAUCGUGCUGUUUCUCUUGAGUACGCAUUAUACUCACUAUGAUCUCACAUAUUUCACUAUAAACUUUCUAGCUGUGCUAGCGGUAGUCAUACCGAAACUACCCUUCAGUCACCGUAUGAGAGUAGGUAUAUUUUCAGGUGUGCCAGAAGAGUAA